AAAUGAGUCAUCAACUCAAACAUCGCCCAAAUCCAAGUGAUUGGCGCAAUGAGGCUCACCAUAAUUAGCUCGACAUAAACUACACACAACAAAUUUAGAUUUCACAUCAAAAUCAAAUAAAAUUACCAUUGUCUUGUAUCACUACCGACAUGGUAGAUUGAUAAUCUGAUACGUACUCCAUUGGACAAAUCCAUACAAGGCAAAAACAAUUACAUCUAAAAUUCCCCUAAAAAAAAUAAACAAACAAAUCCUUCGUAAAACCACCGUCCCAAACCCAAAAUCUUCGUCUUCGUCUUCUUCUUCUUCUUCUUCUUCACUCUCACUCUCAUUCUACACUCACAAACACUUCCUCUUUGAUAAAUAAUCAAAACCCAUAUUGUCAAUAUCGGAAUCGGAUCCUCCAUUGAAAAGGGUAUAGUGAGAUCUCGGAAGAAGGGCAACAAUGGCGGUUGCUGGGAGAGGAGGAAGAGGUGGGUCUGGGUCGGGUUUGUUGGGUAUUCGGAGUAUAAUGUCAUACCCGAUCUUCAUCUCCGUCAUCUUCUCUCUCCUCCUCCUCGCUGCUCUUAAACUCUUAUUCACUUCUCCUUCUUAUCCCUCUUCUUCAGAUCCUUUGCUGAAACAGGACUUGCCAACAACGGGAAAUGCAUAUAUUCAAAGGUCAUUUCUAGCUUUGAAGUCAGAUCCACUGAAAACCAGGCUUGACUUGAUUCAUAAGCAAGCCAAUGAUCAUGUAAUGCUUGUUAAUGCCUAUGCUGCCUAUGCACGAAAACUGAAACUUGAUAAUUCACGGCAGCUUAAGCUGUAUGAUGAGUUGGCCCAGAAUUUUACUGACAUGUUGUCUAAACCUGCCUACCGUGCUGCUUUGUUUGAGACUGAGGGCAAUGUGGAUGAGGAUGUCUUGAGGCAAUUUGAGAAGGAAGUGAAGGAUAAAGUGAAGGUUGCUAGGCUGAUGAUUGCUGAAGCUAAAGAGUCUUAUGACAAUCAGUUGAAGAUUCAGAAGUUAAAGGACACCAUAUUUGCAGUUCAUGAGCAGUUUGUUAAAGCGAAAAAGAAUGGUGCAGUUGCAAGCUUUAUUGCUGCGAAAUCUGUGCCUAAAAGUUUGCAUUGUCUAGCUAUGAGGCUUGUUGGAGAGAGAAUAGCCCAUCCUGAGAAGUAUAAAGAUGAAGAGCCGAAACCUGAGUUUGAGGAUCCAACCCUGUAUCAUUAUGCGAUAUUCUCAGAGAAUGUCAUUGCUGUAUCAGUUGUUGUGAACUCAGUGGUGAAGAAUGCAAAAGAGCCAUGGAAGCAUGUUUUCCAUGUGGUAACAGAUAGGAAGAUUGUUGCAGCAAUGAAGGUUUGGUUCAAGAUGAGACCUGCCACAGGUGGAGCCCAUGUUGAAGUAAAAGCUGUGGAAGAUUUCCAGUUUUUGGAUCCAUCAUACGUGCCAGUGCUUAGACAACUUGAAUCAGCAAAGUCACAAACUCGUGAUUCUGAGAAUCAGGCAGAGAAUGCUACUAAAGAUCUCAACAACUUGAAAUUUAUAAAUCCCAAGUACUCGUCGAUGCUGAGUCAUCUCCGGUUUUACUUGCCAGAGAUGUAUCCCGACCUGCACCGUGUUGUGCUCCUGGAUGAUGACGUUGUGGUUCAGAAGGAUUUGACUGAUUUAUGGAACAUCGACCUAGGCGGUAAGGUGAAUGGAGCUGUUGAGACAUGCUUUGGGUCCUUCCAUAGGUACUCACAAUACUUGAACUUCUCUCAUCCUCUAAUUAAGGAAAACUUCAACCCCAAAGCAUGUGCAUGGGCUUAUGGGAUGAACAUAUUUGAUCUGGAUGCUUGGAGGCGUGAGAAAUGCACAGAGCAGUACCAUCACUGGCAGAACUUGAAUGAAGACCAUACCUUGUGGCAGUUAGGAACACUACCAGCUGGCCUGGCCACAUUUUACUCAAAAACAAAGACGCUGGACAAAUCCUGGCACGUACUUGGGCUUGGUUAUAAUCCAAGUGUUAGCAUGGAUGAGAUUACUAAUGCAGCUGUCAUUCAUUUUAGUGGGAGCAUGAAGCCUUGGCUCGAUAUUGCAAUGAAUCAAUAUAAGGAGCUGUGGACCAAGUAUGUGGAUAAUGACAUGGAGUUUGUUCAGAUGUGCAAUUUUGGCCUGUAGAUGUUUACAAUUCUCCUAUUUCAGAAACAAGGUAACUGGAAAGUGUUAUAUAGUCAAAGAUUCAUCCGAGUUAGUCGUACAUGUCAGUUCUGUUUGCAAGAAAAGUUUAGUUUUGCUAACUCCAAAUUUUUCCUCCCAUAUUGGUCAUAUAUUUGAUUUUCUUGAACCUUUUUCAUCUUCCAUCAGCCACGAAGGUGCUCCUGUUGGAUGCAGUGAAACGCCCAGCUUGGGUAGUUCAUAUACAGAAUGUAUUUUUUAAACACACUUUGAAUGACUGGAUUUAGCAGUAUGUAGUCAACAUUUUUUAUAAGUGAUCAAGAUUACUCACUCA